UUAGGACCCAAUAUGGUCAAGAAAUGAGACAUCACAGUUUGUAUGUACAUAUUAUGUCCCUAGUCCCUACAAGUUCCAUAUAUACAGAGACUCUUGCUUUGAAUCUGCUCUUCUUCUGCUCAACAUGAUUUUCCAUAGGCAAUAGGCAAUGUCAUGCUUGAGACUUUCACUUAUUUACCACAUAAAGAUCAGAUAUUGAGAGCUCAAACCUGAUAAGUCAUGGCCACUAAACCGAGUCACGUCGUGGUGAUACAGGAUGCAUCUAAAGAACUAAAUUCGAGAGUUUUUGAAUGGGCUCUAAAUGGAUUAUCACUUAAGCCAGGAGAUACAGUCACCCUAAUUGCAAUUCUGCAUGAGAUUUACACUCCAAUGGGGUACAAAGUCGCUGUUGAUGACAGGGCAAUGGUUGGAGUGAACCACCGGAUCAUUAGUGAAGAACUUGAAAGGAAGAAGGAAGAGUAUCAGAACCAUGAGGAGCUUUCUACGGUUGCUAAGCUAUACGAAUCCAAUGAGGUUACUUUUAAGAUAAAGUUGUUUACAGGAUCUUCACUGAAAGAUGUUGCUUUUAAAGCAGUCAUAAACUUAAAGGCAACUUGGUUGAUACUUGACAGGCAAAUGAAGAAAGAUGAGGAGUUCUUCUUGCAAAGGCUUUCUUGUGGCAUAUCAAGAUUAAAGCGUAAAAAUCAGAUAGUACGCGUAAGAGGACCUUUAAAUCAACCAGAUGAAAUACCAUGUAACAGCCAUGAAAGAGAUUAUGAAGAUAGUUUGCCAGAAAAUCCCUUCAGCAUUGAUAUAGUUCCCAAGGGUUUAAUUAAAGUUGAUGGGGUGAACCUGGUACAAUACAUGCUUGAUGAGGAAGUGGGGUUUACUACUAACAUUAAUGAAAACGCAUGUCAGACAGGUCCUGAUCACCAAAGCAUGCAUGAAAGGGACAUAAACAGUGACCAAAUGAUAGGUGAAACAGAAGGAUAUAAACCAUGCCAGGAUCUUGAACAGGAACAAAACAUGUUCCAUGAUGAUGAGGACACAACUUUUGAAAUUAACAAUUAUCGAGCAACUGCUCAAGAAAUAGCUAAUCAGCCUAGCCAGGAAGGAGAUAAGCAAUGCCAGAAUCGCAAUCAGACACAAAACAUUCCCCAUGAUGAUGAGAACACCACACUUGUACUUAACAAUUAUCAAGAAACUGCUCAGGAAAUAUCUGAUCAACCCAGCCAGGAAGUAGAAAAGACACAAAUGUUCUUCCAGGAUGAGGAGUGGGACUUAAGGCAUCCAAAAAAGAGUGAACUUAUUUAUCAAACGAAAGAUGAUCAGCUGAGCCAGAAUCCAGCAAAACAGACAGAAUUUUUUUCCCAUGGGGGUAUAUUGGAUGGAGGGCAAGAGAACAGCAAUCUGGAAAAAUCUAUGUGUUCUAUAUGCUCUGUCUGUAAAAGUAGAAGACCUAAUGUUGAAUGGCAUAAGGAAUUCACUUAUGAAGAACUCCAAGCAGCCACAGAUGGAUUCUCAUUGAAGAACAGUCUCUCUGAACGUGGAUAUCUAUUUUCCACUUUCAAAGGCCAGCUGGAGGGAGAGCUGAAAAUAGUAGUUAAGCAGCAUGAAAUAACAAACACUCAAUUAAGGGAAAAAAUCAAGUCGGAAGUCCAAACUAUCCUCAAAGCUAGACAUAAGAAUGUCGUCAUGCUAUUGGGCUCAUUUACAAAAGACCAUUUUCUGUUGAGUGUGUAUGAGUAUGCUUGCAAUGGUUCACUUGACAAGUAUCUAUCAAGGGAAAGCUGUAGGCCAUUGACUUGGAUUGAGAGGUUGAGAGUUGCAAUGGGCCUCGCCAGAGGUCUAAAGUACUUGCAUGAUAAUGACAUUAUACAUGGAAAUAUAAAACCAAGUAACAUUCUUCUAACGCAUGAUUUCAAACCCCUGCUUGGAGAUUUUGGCUUUGGAAAAAAACAUGAAUUUAAGUCCUAUAAGAAUAAAAACUUGGGGAAUUCUGAAUACAUAGCCCCCGAGUUUCAGGAGAAGGGGAAAUUAUCAACUAAGUCAGAUGUAUACUCGUUUGGGGUGGUUAUUUUAGAGUUGAUCACUGGACGUAAAGCUACAGAUAAAAUAUCAGGAGUGAAAAGCCUUGUUGGAUGGGCAAAGCCUUUUCUUGGAGGAAAGAAGUACUCUGAGUUGUUGGAUCCCACAAUCAGAAACUCAUGUGAAGACGACCAACUUCGUUGGCUGGGAAAAGUAACAGCGCAAUGUCUGAAAAAGAGUCCUAAGGAAAGAUUAUCCAUGAAUAUGGUGGUUUCUGCAUUACAAGGCAUAGCAGGUAGUGAAGAAUGCCACAAUACAGAAAACUUCACUUCGGCUUCAUCAUGUUCAAGAUUUGUGCCUGACAUGAAUGGUUCACAAAUUCAGGCUCCUACAUCACAAGGCACAGAAGACAGCAGACAGUGCUACAUGACAGAAGACUCUACUCAAGCUGUAUCACAUUCAGGAUUUCUGCCUGGCAUAAAUGGUUCACAAGGUCCAACAGAAGCUGACCAGCCAAGUCAGAAUGAGGAGGAGAUAGAGAGCAGCUCCUUUUUGGAGGAAGGGAGGUUAAGACUAAUAAUUGAAAAUAGUCACUUUUACAUGAUAGGCAAUAGCAACUCUGAUACACUGAACCAGAUUGAAGACCAAAUGCAUAUCAGGCCCCAAGGGGUGGAGAGCAGCCCAGAAAAGAUGAUAAAUAACCACAUCAUGGAUGAGGCAGUACCUGAUCAGCUGAGUGAGUUUGAAGAACAUAUGAAGAGCCAUGGGGAUGGAAAAACACAGAAAAUAAGCAUUAACCACAUGACAGGUCAGACAAAAGUUGACCAGCUGAGCCAGGAUCAAGAAGAGGAGAUGAGGUCUGUUAAAAAAAAGAGAGAAUCAAGACCAGAACCUUUUAGUGGAAUGACAGAUGAAACAAAAGAAGAUCAUCUGAUCCAGGAGAAAACACAGCUUCAGAGCAGCUACCAUGGGAAUUUACUGGAUGGACAUCAAGAUGAUACCGUUUUGGAGAAUUCAAAAUCCUCUGCAUGCUCUAUUUGCAAAAGUAAACGCCCGAAAAUUGCACGGAUGAAACACUUUCCUUACGAGGAACUCCUAGAAGCAACAGAAGGAUUUUCAGUUAUGAACUCUCUAUCUGAAACUGAAGAUGGACCUACUUUCAAAGGCCGGCUAAAGAAUAAUGUGAAAGUAGUUGUUAAAAAAUAUCAAUUUACCAGGUCCGAGGAAGAGAAGAUAUUCCAGCCAGAAGUCCAGUUGCUCAUCAAUGCAAGACAUAAAAAUGUGAUCAUGCUGUUGGGGUUAUGUACAGAUAAAAACCAAUUGAUGAUUGUGUAUGAGCAAGUAUGCAAUGGUUCACUUGACCAUUACCUAUCAAGGGGAAGUUUCCAGUCAUUGACUUGGAUAGAAAGGACGAAAGUAGCAAUAGGUACUGCCAGAGGUUUAAAGUAUUUACAUGAGAAUCAUGUAAUUCAUGGAAAUAUUAAAGCAAGUAACGUUCUUCUCACACAUAACUUUGAGCCACUGAUUGGAGAUUUUGGCUUUGGAAAAGUGAAACUUGAGUCAAAGAAAUCCAACCAAGAUAAAAAUGCACGGGAUUCUGGAUAUACAGCACCUGAGUAUCUGGAAAGUGGGAAACCAUCAACUAAGACAGAUGUGUUCUCCUUUGGAGUGCUUCUUUUAGAGUUGAUAACUGGCAGGAGGGCCACGGACAAACUACCAGGAGGCAAAAAACUUAUUGGAUGGGCAAGGCCCCUUCUGGGAGGAAAGAAGUACCCACAGUUACUGGAUCCAAAAAUCAGUAACUCCUAUGAUGAAGAACAACUCCAAUGGUUGGUCCAAGUUACAGAAAAAUGUCUCAAAAAGAAUCCUAAGGAAAGAUUUACAAUGAAUAUGGUUGUAUCUUCUUUACAAGGCAUAGCCGAAUCAACAGAGAGCAGUAUAAUUGAAGAUUCAUCUCCAGAAAAGUCAUCUUUACCAUCCGAUGAGCCUGACAUCACUAAUUCACAAGGUCAAAUGGAGGAUGAUCUGGUGAGCUGGGAACAAGAACAGAUUGACAGAAACACAUACUUGGAAGAGAGAAGCAGAUUAGAAACAAAAACUAAUCACAUGAUAGGUCAGAGUGCUGAUCAGCUGAUACAAGAUGCGGAAGAGAUGCAGAGAAGGCCUCACAGAGAGGAAAUUUCAGGAGAGAUGACUAUCCGUAAUCGAAAGAUUGCACAUAUAAACCCUGAUAGCAGCACUGCCUACACAACACAAUGUGAGAGUUGUAAGCAUACACAAGGAGAAGAAAGAACAAGCAGCAAGUUAUGUCAACGAAGGAAAAGGCGCGAAUCUUAUGGUGGAGCUAAAGACUUUUUUCUUCAAGGGGCUCAAGAGUACACAGUAUGCCAAGAAUUCUUUACCUUGAUUGAUUCAACUUCUUGAGUAUUUCAGUUACAUUCACUAUUUACACAUUCUUUUUUUCACAAUCUCAGAAAAGAAAACGAUUCCAUGGAUCCAACAAACAUAAAUGGAUCCAAAUAUACUAAAUAAUAGCAUUUCUGAGCAUGUAUGCCUAAGAACAUUUGAAACAUGUAGAUUGGUUUAUGAAACAA